UUUUCUAUCCUUUUCCCAUCCUGUUCCCAACACAACCCCUUUCACGCAAUUUCUUAUGUAACGUCGACAACAGUAGCGCCUACAACGCACACUAUCACGCACGGUGGUUGGCGUUGACACAUUCGAGUUUCCCUUUCACUCCGAAAAACGCGACCGAACAAAAGCGGACUCAAGAAACUGUUGCUUAUUUAGUGUGUGCGUGUGUUUAGUUCCUCUCUAAAAUGCUUCCUACGGGCGCAUCGUUCGUGACACGCUUGGUGAAGCGCGGACUGGUAGGCGCGCACGGUUUGCGCACGGUCACAACGACAGCGCGCCACUGGCAGUGCGACGCCGGACACGGGCAGCGAGCGCAGACGGCCGGGUCCGACGUUUCCCCCAACCAGGAGCUCCAGCUGACGUACCUCACCGAGGAGGACAAGCAGGGCAUAGCGGUGCUCGGGCUGAACCGCCCAAAAGCACGCAACUCGUUCAGCAAAUCGCUCGUGCACCACCUGCUCGACGCGAUCGAGGUGCUGGCGCACGACAAGAACGUGCGCGUCGUGAUCCUGCGCAGCCUGGUGCCGGGAAUAUUCUGUGCCGGGGCGGACCUGAAGGAGCGGGCCACCUUCACCCCGCAGGAGGUGAGCCGGUUCGUGUCGAAGCUGCGCCAAAUGAUGGUCAACAUCGAGCAGAUGCCCACGCCGGUCGUGGCGGCGAUCGAUGGCGCUGCGCUAGGCGGUGGGCUCGAGAUGGCCCUCGCCUGCGAUAUGCGCGUGGUCGCGACGAACGCCAAGCUGGGCCUGGUGGAAACGAAACUCGGCAUCAUCCCGGGUGCCGGCGGGACCCAGCGUCUGCCGCGCAUCCUCAACCCGGCCGUUGCGAAGGAGCUGAUCUUCACGGCGCGCCAGUUUAGCGGCGAGGAAGCGAAAGCACUCGGUAUUGUGAACCAUGCCGUGCAGCCGAACGAUACUGGCGAUGCGGCGUACCAGCGGGCACUGCAGCUGGCGAUGGAGAUCGUGCCGAACGGGCCGGUCGGCGUGCGGAUGGCCAAGAAGGCGAUCGAUAAGGGGCUGCAGGUCGACCUUGGGACGGGGUACGCGAUCGAGGAGGCGUGCUACGCGCAGGUCAUACCGACCAAGGACCGGCUGGAGGGGUUGCGCGCGUUCGCCGAGAAGCGGAAGCCCAACUUCAUCGGGGAGUAGUGGGCGGCGCGCGGGCACGAACAAGCCACCUCAGGCAAGGAGAGAGAGAGAGAGAGGAGCGAAAGCAGUAGGGUAUAACCAACUCUCUCUGUGAUAGAUUGAAAGUGCAUUUAAAUUCCAUUUUUUUUCGUUUUUUGUUUCGUCGUGGACCCUCUUUUUUCUGUCCUCAACGUUUACAAAUGACUCAAACAGUUCUUUCCCCCUCUUAAGUAGUAAGACAACCACGAUGUGUCCCGAAUGUCGAAUAAAAACCCCGCUAAAAAGUCAAAA